AUGGUAUGUCCAGAAUUGCCGACUCUACUUAACUUGCCAUCCCAAUCUGAAUCCCAAACUGCCGUAAUGCCGAUAUUUGCCGUAAAUAGUUUGGAUUGCAUCACUAGUUUCACAACAUUUUAA